GUAGCUUUCGUCAUCAUCAAUCAACGAAAGACAAAAACACAGGAAGAAAAUCAGAGAGCAGAAUUUAGGGUUAGUACGAACCUGAAUUCUGCUCACCGGAGCAGUGAUCGACUUCUCGAUUCUCGUCGACCGCCGGCCGGUGAGCGAUUCCUCCGCUUCCGAUUGCCUGCAAACACCCAAACCUUCCAUCUUCUCUGAGUAAACAGUGGUGUAGCGGUGAGAAACAAGACAAGGGGAAGGGGGAUUUGACGUUUUAGAGCCACACACGAAACAUGAGCAACCAUUUGCCAGCGGCGGUUCUACCGCCCAGAAGGAGCGGUAUGGUGCAGAAGAACCGCAUUCCGUCUACUAUCAGAAAACCCUCCACUCAUUCUGAGAAUGGGAACGGCACAGCAAACGGCUCCAACCCGAAACCCACUUCUCCGGCUCACUCGUCUAUCAAUGGGGAGAGAACGGUUAAGAAACUGAGACUUUCCAAGGCAUUGACAAUUCCCGAGGGCACUACUGUAUCAGAUGCUUGUCGCCGCAUGGCAGCACGGCGCGUGAAUGCUGUCCUUCUCACAGAUUCCAACGCACUACUCUCUGGCAUUGUCACUGACAAGGAUAUUGCGACCAGGGUUAUAGCUGAAGAAUUGAGGCCUGAGCAGACUAUAGUUUCAAAAGUCAUGACAAGAAAUCCUAUUUUUGUAACCUCAGAUUCGUUGGCCAUUGAAGCUCUUCAAAAGAUGGUCCAAGGAAAAUUCCGCCACCUUCCCGUUGUUGAAAAUGGUGAAGUGAUAGCUUUGUUGGAUAUCACAAAAUGCCUUUAUGAUGCCAUAUCAAGAAUGGAGAAGGCUGCAGAGCAGGGUAAUGCCAUUGCAGCAGCUGUUGAAGGAGUGGAACGUCAAUGGGGAAACAAUUUUUCGGGUCCAUCUGCUUUCAUUGAUAUACUUAGGGAGCGCAUGUUCAAACCCGCUUUGUCAACAAUAAUUUCAGAAAAUACCAAUGUUGCAGUUGUGUCCCCAUCAGAUCCUGUGCAAGUUGCUGCUAAGAAGAUGCGUGAGUUGCGUGUUAAUUCAGUCAUAGUUAUAACUGGGAACAAGACUCAAGGGAUAUUAACUUCUAAGGACAUCUUGAUGCGUGUUGUUGCCCAGAAUCUCUCCCCGGAGCUGACACUGGUGGAAAAGGUAAUGACACCAAACCCUGAGUGUGCAACAGUAGAUACAACAAUACUUGAAGCCUUACAUAUUAUGCAUGAUGGAAAGUUUUUGCACCUUCCUGUUUUGGACAGAGAAGGAAGGGUCGUAGCAUCUUUAGAUGUGUUGCAGAUAGCUCAUGCAUCAAUUUCCUUGGUUGAAAAUAGCUCCGGUACUGUUAAUGAUGUUGCAACUACAGUAAUGCAAAAGUUCUGGGAUUCAGCUCUUAAUGUGGAACCAUCAGAUGAUUGUGACACACAAAGUGAGCUGUCUAUGUCUGGAGCAGCGGCAUCUGAAUGGACAGAAAAUGGAAAGUCUUCAUAUCCAUCCCUUGGCCUUGGAAAUUUAUUUACCUUCAAAUUUGAAGAUCACAAGGGGCGUGUACAUAGAUUUAACUUUGGCACAGAAAACUUGGCUGAGCUCAUUUCUGCUGUUAUGCAAAGGCUGGGGGCACCUGAUGAUCAUGAUCACCCACAACUUUUGUAUGAAGAUGAUGAAGGUGAUAAAGUUCUGCUGACAACUGAUACUGAUCUUAUUGGUGCUGUUAGCCACGCCAGAUCCGUUGGAUUAAAGGUCUUGAGACUGCAUCUAGACUUCUCUGAUUCGCCUUUUAAAGAGAAAGCAAAAGUAGCACCAACAGCUGCAACCACCACUAUGAUAAAUACUGGACGUGUACCACUCCAGGCUGGAAUUCUUGCAGGGGCAGUUAUGCUAACAAGCUUUGGUCUAAUAACCUACUUAAAGCGCUCGAAUACAUGAUGAAUGAGCCAGGUUUUUACAGUUCCAGAGCAGAUCAUGAUAUUUGUGUGCGAAAUCUGUUAGACCUCUCAAGACUGUAUCCCGGUGAAGGAUAAAGGUCCGAGUGCCUGGGCAAGGAACAGUGAUCCCUGAAAGGUAACUCUCUUAUGCACACAUCCAUAAAUUCCUACAAGAUACAAGAAAGAUGGUAGAAAACAUAACAUGUGUGACUGAGGAUGGUUCCCAAAUUUAUAUUGUAGCUGUAAUUCCUCUCCGCAUCUGUGGCCGUAACUGUCAAGGCAUAUAUUUUCAUUCGAGUACACAAGUACAAUGUACUUGGCAGUGUCUGCUGAUAGAUGAAGGUCAAACAACUAUAUAUAUCAUUAUAUCAUAGAAGGGACUCGGGCUGUGAUGCAUUUUUUUUCUUUGUCAUACUUCACUUGUUAA